GGACACCAAAACACUGGUUGUGGUAGACAGACAUGGAUAACGUUUUGUUUUGAUUCUUCUCUGGAUACUCGAGCAUUUUCUGAAAGAGAUUUUAUUUGGUACUCCUACGGACAUCAUGAGUUCGCGGCUGUGCAAGACUUGCGGGUGCUCAGACAUCGAUGUCGACCAAGCCCGCGGCAGCGCUGUGUGCAUGAGCUGCGGCUCUGUGCUGGAGGACAACAUCAUUGUGUCUGAGGUCCAGUUCGUGGAAAACAGCGGUGGCGGUUCGUCAGCCGUCGGACAGUUCGUCUCAGCUGACGGCCCAGCGAAGGCCCCUGUCCUUGGGAGUGGCUUCCACACCAGUCUGGGAAAGGAGUCCCGCGCGCAGACCCUGCAGAACGGGAAACGGCAGAUCCAUAACCUGGGCAGCCAGCUGCAGCUGAACCAGCACUGCCUGGACACGGCCUUCAACUUCUUCAAGAUGGUGGUCAGCAAGCACCUGACGCGCGGGCGCAAGAUGACCCACGUCAUCGCCGCCUGCCUGUACCUGGUCUGCCGCACGGAGGGCACCCCCCACAUGCUCCUGGACCUGAGUGACCUCCUCCAGGUGAAUGUGUAUAUCUUGGGAAAGACCUUCCUGCUGUUGGCAAGGGAGCUGUGCAUCAACGCUCCUGCUGUUGACCCAUGUCUGUACAUCCCCCGCUUCGCCCACUUGCUGGAAUUCGGAGAGAAGACCCACGAGGUUUCCAUGACGGCGCUGCGGUUGCUACAGAGAAUGAAGCGGGAUUGGAUGCACACGGGGCGCAGGCCGUCUGGGUUGUGUGGUGCAGCCCUGCUGGUUGCCGCCCGCAUGCAUGAUUUCCGGCGCACGGUGAAAGAGGUCAUCUCCGUGGUGAAGGUGUGCGAGGCCACGCUGAGGAAGAGGCUGACAGAGUUCGAGGACACCCCCACCAGUCAGCUGACCAUCGAUGAGUUCAUGCGGGUGGAUUUGGAGCAAGAGUGCGACCCGCCGUCCUUCACGGCCGGCCAGAGGAAGAACCGACUACAGCAGCUGGAACACGAGCUGGCUCAGAAACUGGACGAAUAUCAAGGGGAGAUCAGCUCGUACCGCGAUGAGAUCGAGACGGAACUGGAGAACAGCAGGCCCAAGCCUCGAGGGAUUUACGCGGCAUACGCCAAGCAAGCUGCUCCGAGUGCAGAGCCGGAGAGCGACAGCCUCUCUCUGUCCCUGAGCUUGGUGGGAGACGAGGAAGAGGAGGACGAAGAGCUGGAGGCAGCCGCCGAGCACCUGGGCCAGGAGAUCAUCAGCCAGGUGCUGCCCGAGCUGAAGGGGGGCUCCCGGAGCGCCACGCCGCAGGGCCAGGAGGAGGACGGCGGUGGUGGGAGCACAGGUGGAGGUGGAGGAGGUGGAGGUGGAGCAGCCCCCCGGAGGAUAAACCUGCCCCUCAUGUCGUUCCUCGGCCCUCUGCCGUCGGCCGCCAGCCUGGGCCUCAAGGAGUCCUUCCGGGAGUGCAUCACCAAGGCAGAGCAAGAUGACAAGUCGGACAGUGGAGAACUUGACCUGGAUGGCAUCGAUGAGGAGGAAAUUGAGAAGUACAUCCUGAGCGAGAAGGAAGUGACUGUGAAAACGGAACUGUGGAUGAAACAGAACGAGGAGUACCUGCAAGAACAGAAAGAAAAAGAGGAAAGAAUCGCCAAGGAGAAAGAACUGGGAAUUUAUAAAGAGAAGCCCAAGAAAUCGUCCAAGAAACGCGAGCCAAUCCGGGCCAACACGGCCGAGGAGGCCAUCGAGAAGAUGCUGGAGAGGAAGAAGAUCUCCAGCAAGAUCAACUACGACGUCCUGCGCGACCUCAACAGCAAGGGCAGCAGCGGCAGCAGCCCUUCCCACGCCUCCGAGGACGCCGCCUCCACCACCGGCACCGCCACCGGCCGCAAGAGGCUGACGCGGCGCAAGAAGCAGCCCAGCAAGAGCAACCUCGGCCUGGCCAAACCCGCCAGCCUCAUGGGCAAAAGACUCCGGCCGUUGAUCGCCUCGUCGUCCAAAAAGAAGCGAACUCUUUCUGAGACGGUCGCCAGUCCUCUGCCGUCACCGCUGGCCGCCACGACGCAGGAGACGCGCGCUCCGAGCCUGCCCUCGCUGCCCUCGCUGCCCACGCUGCCCUCGCCCCCGCAGGUGCUGGAGAGCGGACCCGUGGCGCCCGACGAGCCGGACGAGGAAGAGGAGGAGGAAGAGGAAGCAGAAGCAGAGGAGCCCUGCGUGAGCGCCAUCCAGCUGAUGGGAGGGAACGAAUAUGGCUGUGAUGCAGAAGAAGAGGAGGUCUUUUAGCCUCUGAUGUUUUUGUAUUCUACUUUAAUUACUUUUUUUUUCUUUUUUUUUUAAAAAAAAAACUGUUGCAGUUGUUCUACUGCUAUGAGUUGAACUUUGUGUUCGACCUCUCUCACUGUCCAGAGAAGACAGGGCACUAUGUCCAGCCCCACUGUCCUUGCCUUUCUCGGCGAUAGGCUUUGACAUGCCCAGGCUAGUGGUUUUGGCCUCUCUUUGAUUACAGCGCGACUCCUGGUUGGCCAGAUGAGAUUGGGUACACGUACGAUUUCUCAGCCUCGAAAUGAGCGGGCAGGAUUGAGAAAGCCCCAGCAACAAAAUGGGACCAUGCUCCAUCCAGAUCAAGCGAUAACCUUACCACCGGCCUGGAAAUGAAAGAACGAUUUUCCACAAAUUGAAAUGCCUUGAGUUAUCUGUGGAGGUAGAUUUUGUAUUGCACCGUUCAAGUAACAAGCAACACACAUGCACACACACACACACACACACACACACACACACACACACACACACACACAGUUUAGUUUAGUUUAGCUUAGCUUGGCAAAAGCCUCCCAAUGAAAUUUGUUUCCAUGGCGGUAUGGAGAUGGCUCCAUCUACAAAAGCUAGUCCACCACAGCAGUGAGCAAUGAGCAUGGCCAGCCGUGACGCUGGAUUAGCGCUUGACCUUUCAGGGAAGCUAAAAGUUUAGCAACUUCAAUCCGAUUUGUCGAGAUGAGGGGAAAGAGUGCAGUGAGGUACAUACAGAGUGGUUGAAUUCAGGAAAACAGUGGAAAGAAACUCCAAUCAGGUUUAAUCCAAGUGCACGGUGCAGAUAGGCGAGCAAUGCAUUUCAGAUGCGUUUGAUUUUGUUUACUGAUGUUAGGUUUUGUUUCGUUACUGAUUCUAGCUUGCUUAGCUUAUCUUAGCUUAGCCUAGCAACUACCUCCCCAUGAAAGAGGCUGAGAAGAGGCUUCAUUCAUUAAACCUAGUGUACCAUAACAAAGAGCGGGCCUGUCUUCAGAACUCCACUGUAGUACCACCGGAUAAAUCCUGUUCCCUCACUGGACUUCCUGAUUAUGUCCAGCAGCGACCUACAGUACAUCGAAUCAAACACACAAAACGCGUAAACUCUGUCCACUGGGUCUGCCGAUUGGUGGGCCAUCACAGACACGAUCAAUCAAUCUAUGAGAGCAGUUGAUCACAGUCACAGUUUCCCACAAUUACAGUCAUGUAAGGGAAACUGUGAGAAGGAAACUCCGUUGGGUCCCUGUGUAAAAACAAAUUGGAGAUUGUCAUUGCUGUGCAGCCAAUACAAGCAGAAGGCCUUGAUCCCUAUGGAAAAGUGCAGGCACUUAAGACUGGUCCGCAUGCGGUGCAUCUCUGUAAUUCUUCCCCACAGAUUCAGGAUUGUUGAAACCACGAGCAGAUUUCUUUUAUCUUUUAUCUUUUAUCUCCUUUUUACUUUUUUAACCCUGUACAUAUUUUGUAGAGAAUGUUGCUGUAAAUGUUUAUCAAUGUGUUAACCAGCUGUACAGUAAAUAUCACAGAAUGUUAAUGAAGUUGUGUUUCAAACCGCAUAGAUCUUGUAAUAAGGGUUAAUCUCACUCAUUCCACAAAGAAAUAAAUAUUUGUACUUUUUAUUUAUGAGUUUGCGUCACAGUUUAGCAUUAUUGUUUGUAUGUUUUCUACUGGACGAUGUAAUGUUUUGUAGCUAUGUAAUAAUGAUACCAGUGGAUGAAUUGUGUGGUCGUCAGAGGGACCACUGCACUGGUCACCAUGGUGAACACGAGGCAUUCCACACGUGUAAAUAAACAGGCUUUUCUAAA